UUUUCAAACAAUGUCGGCGGAUAAUUUCCAAUCAAUAUUGGCCAUGGAGAGACUACAACAAAUGUCAAGAGAACUUAGCCUUCAAGAAGAGACUAAAAACAUGGAUUACAAGAGAGAAACUAUCAAAAAGAACCUUACUGAGAUUUUUCAAUGCUAUAUUUGUUAUUCAAAAAUUACAAAAGAUGCAAUGUUAUGCCCGCAUUGCUCAAAACUCUGCUGAAAGACCUGUAUUCACAAAUGGCUUAUGGAGCGAAAAUCUGAAUGUCCACACUGUCGCCAUAGCUUAACCACAAGACAGUUAGUUAACCUCAGAUUUGCUUCUGAUCUUUCAAAUGCAAUCGACUUCAUCCCAGAACUCGACUUAGACGAUGACGAGAACUGCAAAGAGCAUAAGUCAGAGCUUUCAUACUUCUGAAAGGACUGCGGGACUCCAAUCUGCUCAGACUGUGCAAUUAUCGGCGACAAACACAGAGGCCAUGGCAUUGAAAAGAUCCAAAACAUUUAUGAGUCACAUAAAUAGCAAAAUCAAGACAGAAAGAGACAUUUUAAGCGAUAAGCUAGAAGAUAUGUUCACUCAGGUCAGAAGCAUCGAAUGCCAUAUUGACUCAAUUACUCAAGCUAAGGAGGAAAAAUGUCGCAAAAUAGUGGAGAAGAUACACCAAACCCUUGAUGAGCAGAUGAAAGAAAGGAUCCUCAACCUCCUCGGCAAAAAGGAAAAACUUACAAUGGACAUCUCUAAGAUCGAGGAGUGCCAGAACAAGGUAAAAUUUGAGGUAGACAGUUGCUCCAAAUUGAAGCUUAUUAAUAAAUCAGAGAAGGUUGUUGACCAUAUCAGAGGUGUUUCAAAUCAGAUUAUUUCGCAUCAAUAUAAACUCGAUCCUGAACAACUUCUAUUUAAGUCAGAUCUUUGUCCAGAAUACCUUAAAGGAGUAUUUAUCAUUGUAAAUUACCCUCAAAUGAUCGAGGAGAAGGAAAUAAUUUACUCUGAACCAUUAGUUCACUACGGGAUAACUUGGAGACUUAAGGUCUAUCCUAAUGGCAAUGGCCAAGCUAAAGGAAAUUAUCUCUCAGUUUUUCUUGAAAUGGUCAAGGGGAACUCAUCCUCAGCAAAAUAUGAUUACAAAAUUGAGAUGGAGAACCUCCAGAACCCCCUCAUUAGCGUCUCUAGAGAAUACACCUCUGAGUUCGAAGUUGGAGAAUGCUGGGGAUACAACAGAUUCUACAGAACGGAAUCAAUCAUAAACGAGGGUUUUAUUGAUGAAGAAAACUCACUCAAGCUUGAGUUUUUUGUCAGAGCAAGCUCUUACUCUCAGCAUUGUGAGGACCAAGACAAAUACAUCAAAAGGUUAGAAUCAAAAGUGGCUAAGCUCGAGCAGAAAUGCGAUGAAAAUGAUAUUAACCUCUCAGAUGAAGAAGAAAAAGAAUCAGAAAAGGACGAAGCUACAGAUGAAGAGUUAGAUAAACUCCCCAUGUCAGAAUCCAAAAGGAAAGAAGACGAACUUUCUGAUGAUGACAAUCUUGUCCUUGAAGAGAGGAAGAACGACCAAGAUCAAGAAGAGGACUCCAAGUCUGACUCUGAUGCUAAGUCUAUUGAUGAUUCCCUUCAAGACAAUGAAGAACAACGGAAGGUUGAAGAGGCAGUUAACGGAGAUCUUGAACAAAUAAAGAAUGAAAUUUCUAAUAAGAUGGAACAAAGAGUAUCUAUCGAAGAGAUUCAGGAAAGAAUGGAAGAGUACAAGCUCAACUUUGAUGUCAGAAAUAUUAUGAGUGACAGUCACUCAGAGCAUCUAAAGAAUUUGGAACUCGCUGAAGCGUACAGGAGCCCAAACCACUCUAUAGAGGAUGAUAUUGAGCAUAAGGAGCUGAGUGAAGCUAAUAUCGAGCAUAUUACUAGUGAGUUAGCUCAAGCAGAAAGCCAAAUCAAAAGAAUUACCAGUGUCAAUGAUACUUUUAAGCACACAUUUGAAGACGAGGAGCAUAAAUUUGAAGACUCUGAUGAUGACUUUAAUGCUGAUAUUAGUGUUGAUACUUCUGAAGGGAGUCUCUCUAGAGAUGGUACUGAAGAACUCAAAAGCUCCUAUGCAGAAUAUGACUAUAUGAACAACCACUUGGUUGAAGUUUCACCAGACUCCCCUAUUGAACAAAAGGAUAGGAUAAACUAUACUCAGCUUAACAGUCAAAUAGCUUUCCCCAAUAUUGGGGAAGGAUCUCAGCCUGAAAUUUCUCUUCAAGAUGAUGACUACACCAGUGACCAAAUAGAAUCAUUAAUAAGAAGAACUUCUGAAAGAUUAAGAAAGAAUAGAGAGUAAGGCUUC